AUAAAUACUACAAUUAAAGUGCAUAAUGAUGCUUUAUUUUUUUUACAUAGAAAAUGAUUAUUUAUUUAUAUUAAGUGCAUAAUUACUAAUAUAUAUGUGAUUAUAUCUAUUUGGAUAAUGAAUGUAUCCUCUAUCAAGUGUAUUUAUAUGAUACAAUCAUGAUAUACUUUCUUUCUAUUCAAUAAAGUAUAUACAAUAAAGAAUGAAUUGGUUUCAUGUUUAUUUCUUUAUUAUUUUAUUGUAUUCAUCAAUCUAUUGUAAAAAAGAGUAUAAUACAUAUGAAAAUGAUGAAGAAGAAGAUAAUAAACGAUUUAAUUAUUUAGAUUAUUCAUUAAAACAAGAUAUGAUGAAUGAAGAUGGUUCUUCAUAUUAUAAUUCAAAUAAUAAUGAUAAACAACAAUCAGAGAAUAAUGAACAAGGAUCUGAUUAUACAGAAAAUAAUUAUAAUAAAAAAUAUGAAAAUCAAAAUGAAGAAACAGAAAAUAAUUCUGAUAAUUCUGAUUCAAAUGAAUCUGAGAAAUAUUCUAACAAUGAUAAUUAUGGUUCAACUUAUCAUAAUGAUUAUGAUAUCAAUUCUAAUGAUGAAGAUAAUAAUCAUAAUAAUAAUGAUUAUGGAGAUAGUAAUAAUGGUAAUGAUAAUAAUGAUGAUAACAAUAAUAGUAAUAAUAAUGAUGAUGAAAAUGAUGAAAAUAGUUAUAAUAGAAAGAAAUAUUUGAAAAACUUGUUGAAAAAGAGACAAUAUAAACAAAAUGAGAAGAAGUACUAUUCUGAUGAAUCAGAUGGCACUGGUUAUAAUGAUGAUUAUAAUAAACCAUAUCGUGACAAUCGUUACAAUAAUAAUGAUAAUGAUGAAGGGAAUUCGAACGACUACAAUGAAUAUAAAAGUAAAACAAAGAGACGACCAAGAAAAUAUAAAUACAAGAGAGAAUCAGAUGAAACAGAUGAGACUGAUGCUAAUAAUGAUGAUUCAUAUAAAAAAUAUUCAACAAGUUAUACACGGGAUAAAUAUCCAUCAAGGAAAAAAAAACUUAAUAGUAAACGUUACGACUACUAUAAUAAUGCUGAUAGUUAUAAUGAUGAAGAUGAGGAUGAUGGUAAAAAUAAAGAAAACUAUGAUAAUUAUAGGAAAAAAUCUAAAAAACCAAUUAGACGAAGGAAAAAAUAUACAACAAAUAAUGAUGAUUAUAGUAAUGAAGAUAAUGAUAAUGGAGAAAAUGAAUAUCGAAGAAAAUAUAAGCCAGUUUAUAGGCGGAAAAAAAAGAAUUCCAAGAGAAAUAAUUAUAGACGUAAAAACUACGAUUCAGAUACUGAAGAGUAUGUUCCACAAAAGAGAAAUCGUAAAAAGAAUUCUUAUAAACGUAAAUAUGAUAAUGAUAAUGGAAAAGAUGAUGGUAAUGAUGAUAAUUAUUAUUAAGGAAAUGACAGCAGAUAGUAAUAAAUCAAAUAUUAUAAUAACAGAUUUAGUAUUAAUAAUGAUCUUUUGACCAAAAUGAUAAGUAAUUAAUUCCUGUUUGUUUGUUUUUGUUGUUGUUGUUGUUGUUGAUAAGAGCAGUGUAACAAAGAUCUUUUACUCCAUGACAUAUUUCAUUCAAUAUACUCUAUGCAAAUUAAUAAAACUCUUAUGUAACAAUAUUCAUUAACUGUUGUACACUUUUUAAUUUUACCCAGUAAUCAUGUUAUAAAUUUGAGAUUGAAGAAAAGCCAUAGAUAAUAAUAAUAAUAAUAAUAAUAACAAUGAUAAUGAUAAUAAUAAUAAUAAUUACUCGUCUGUCUUGUUUCAGUAGGAGUUAAUGGUUAAUACUAACUCGUUUUCAUUUGGUACUGUUUAACAAUACACACUGAAGUUAAGUAAAUAUCAGUAUGUAUAUAGGUAAUAAGUAGUCUACUCACAAUAUUUUAGGUUAUUAUACAUAUAUACAUGAACUGUAUUCAAGCUUCAAUUGUUC